CCGGCUCUUGAGUACUAUAAAGCAUGCCCUGAAGCUCGUCCUCGUAGAUAGUCGUUCUGUUUCCUUAGACCGUCCCAUCUGGUAGUUGCAGUUGCAUUUCCAUUCAUUGUCUUCUGUUCCUCAUCAUUUCUUCCCGCUUCCUUUCUCAAGUCUAUUUGAUACCAGUCACAAUGACUCGCCUCAACAUCUCCAUCCUUGCCGCAUGUCUUUCGCUGUCUGCCCUGACGUCGGCCCUGCCGACUAAGCGGUUCGACCCCAUGUCAGACGACGACCUGAACCCUGGCAGUGCAGCCUCGAUUGCCGAGAUGUCCCUGCGCUCCACCGUUGACUUCUUUGACGACAUGGAGAAGAUGUGGAAGGAGGACCAGGAAGAGAAGAAGCAGAAGACCAACCCUGCUGCUGCCGGCGCACGAACCGAGUCCAGCGAUGCUGUCACUUCGGCCGUUCCCCUGGUGCCGAUGCCUCCUACGCCCAGCCAAGAGUCCUCGCCCAGCCAGGAGUCGCACUCAUCCAACCACCCGCUCGAGAUCAACAAAACCAGCAAGGGAGAGACCUCCGAGUCGUACAACGACGGCCAGCAUGAGCAGAGCGUUCCGUCUCCCGCGCCUUCGCGCGCCUUGAGUGAACCGAAGGCUGAAGAAAAACCCAAGGCUGAGGAGAAGCCCCAGGCUCAGGAGAAACCCUCGCCCACGACAUCGCAGCCCAGCAGUUCCGCCAGCGCUGCCGCCACCCCGUCGGGCAGUGUGCAUGAGGUCAAGGACAACAUCUUCUCCAAGAUCCCUAUCGUUGGCAAGAUCCUCAGUGGCGGCGGGAUUGCCUAAAUUGUUCGGAAGAAAAAUGAUUGGUAAAAUGUACAAUGCAAUUGGAGGCGACUGGGACCGCGCUUGAUAUUGUCUUUUUUUGCAGGGAAUGAUGGUUUUAAUGUUUGAUGCCACGGUGUUUAUUGGAACGGUUUAACGAUGCUUUAGAAUAGUAUAAAAUCUUAGCAAUAUGACUACAAUUCCAUGAUCAGUCUUGUGUGUUUUCUGCCGAUACAGCAUUUAUAAACAGCUGUAUCCGAGAUGUUCUUCUUGCUCAGAUUAUGCUGCGUACCAGAUUCGUGUAGUUUGGGGUGUUAAGCGUGGAAAUGAUGCUCUUACGUG